GUUGUCAUCACCCGCAUUUCCUCCGAAGUUGCCGCCGGCCUUCCGAGAAGCCAGCAACCUCAGGAGAUGGACCUGUUGGAGACUCCGCUGCCUGGUGAGGAUCUGCUGCUGCAUGGCUACUGCCGUGGCAGUGCAUUCUGCACCUUUGCCUGCAGAGCUCUGGCCGUGUCCGGCGAAAUCCUGCGAUUCGAGGUACGUUCGGACAAUCUUCCGGAGACGGGCGCUUCCGGAAGCCCAUUGACAAACAGAAGAGGUCAAGCAGUCGCAGUGCACAUGGGUCUGUGGCGCGAAGGCUCAGGCGUGGAGGGACGAGCGACGCUUCUACGAGCACUAGGAAUUCCCUCGUCCCUGCGACAACCAGCACCUUUGCCACGGCGAGUUUGCAUGACCGGGCGGCGCGGCACGAAUGAUGUUCUCAACGGCAUCUACGAGGUCGCAAGCGACUUAGACGUCUACCCAGUUUGGGUCAGCGCGGCUGCCUCGCCGCAGAGUUCCCGCGAGGAGAAGAAGACGAUCCAGCGCCAGAUUGCAAGCUUGUCCAGGCGGAUUGCUGCAGGAGGAGGAUUCUCGUCUUCUUCAUCGUCUACGACGCCGAGCCCGACAAGCAGAUCCACCUCCGCGCGUCGCCUUUUCCUCUACAAAGGAACCAAGACCAAAGCAUGGACAGUGGGCACACGACUUGGAGAUGGCCUGCUUCGAAGCGAAGGUGGUGCUGGUGGUAUCAUCGCGCGGCGGGUUGCUGUGGAGGGCGACGGCGAAGACCCCUCCGAGGUUUGUGUUUCGCCGGCGGCCCGAGGUUGGGAGGUGCAGCGGAAACAUGUAGUUUGUAGGAUCUGGCCGCAGUACCUCCUGUUGAACUCUUUAGUUCCCAGGCUGCUGGGGCCGCAGAAUCUGAAAGAACGCUACGGUGCGAGCUGGUCGCUCGUGACUGGUGGCUCCUCAGGAAUUGGCAAGGAGCUGGCGCGAAAAUUGCUAUCCCAAGGGCUCAAUUUGAUUAUCAUAGCGCGUGACGAGCCGAUCUUCGAAGAGACCUUAAAGGAGCUAAAAAAGGAGUUUCCGAAAGCGACGAUCCGAAGUGUCAAGGCAAACUUGUCGGACAGUUCUGGGUCCUGGAUGGCAGACGUCAAAGAGGCAACCAAGGACAUAGAUGUUCAAGUGGUUUUCAACAACGCUGGCUUCAUCGUCACAGGCUUCUUCGAGCAGCACUCGGUGGAGACGCACCUCGCAAACUUCCACUGCAAUCUCACUGCAAACAUACACCUCACCCACUACCUCUACAGCAGACUCAUCAGCAAGGGCCUGAAAGGCUGCAUUGUCUUCACUUCGUCCUCUGCGGGCUUCAUUCCAAACCCUUUUGCUGCAAUGUACGGCUGCACCAAGUCAGGGCUAUCAGAGCUGGCUGCAAGUCUUGCUGUUGAGGGCAAGGCACGUGGCGUGGACGUUCAUGCAGUGCACCCGAGCCCAGUGAAUUCUCGAUUCACAGCUGGUGGCGGGAACGAUGUCAAAGUGCACAAGAUGAACAUGUUUGACAUGGCCUACAAAAUGGCCACAGGUCCGGAGGAGCUUCCGAACCAGAUCUUCGCUGCCGUCGGCCGAUCCCCAGUGAUGAUUGAUCUUGGUGGCACGUCGGUCGGCAUGCGGUUGGCAGUUCACUUCUUGGGCUACAACCUGAUGACCUAUGGCUUUGCAUUGGCAGCUCCGUUCCUGCCUGACUACAAGAACAAUGUCAACAAGGAGAAAAGCUCCUGA